GAAAUGGCUCUACUACCUUGGUUGCAACAAUCAUGGCAAGGGCUGCAAAAAAUACCAUUCAAUCCACUCCUCUCUGUUGUUUUUCUCAUCUCAUUUCUCUAUGUUUUCAAGCGUACUAGAAUUGGCAAUCCCACUUCACCUCCAUCCCCACCAAAGCUACCAAUUAUCGGCAACCUACACCAGCUUGGCACACUCCCACACCGUUCACUUCAAGCCCUUUCUAACAAGUACGGCCCUCUAAUGUUGUUAUCUUUGGGCAAUGCUCCAACCCUUGUGGUGUCAUCUGCAGCCAUGGCUAGAGAAAUGAUGAAGACACAUGAUAUCAUUUUCUCAAACCGGCCCAAAACCACAGCUGCUAAUAUCUUACUCUAUGGAUGCAAGGAUGUAGUCUUCUCACCCUAUGGUGAGUAUUGGAGACAAGCUAGGAAAAUUAGUGUCCUCCAACUUUUGAGCCUAAAAAAUGUGCAAUCGUUCCAGUGUGUAAGGGAAGAAGAAGUUGAAGUAUUGAUCAACAAUAUACGUGACUCGUGUCUCAAAGGGGCUGCUUCUAUUAAUCUAAGUGAUAUGUUCAUGGCAACCUCGAACAACAUAGCCUCUAGAUGUAUACUUGGCCAGAAGCUUGAAGAAGAAAAUGGUAAGAGCAGGUUCGGACAACUAUCCAGAAGAACAAUGGUGCUACUUGCAGCAUUCUGUUUUGGAGAUUUUUUCCCUUUAUUGGGAUGGAUUGAUUUUCUUACGGGAUUAAUUCCUAGUCUGAAAGCCACUUUUAGAGAAUUAGAUACUUUUUGUGAUCAAGUGAUUGAAGAACACAAGACAGAGAAAAGUGAUGAUAAGCAGCAUAAAAGGCAUGAUUUUGUGGAUAUUCUCCUCCGACUUCAAAAGAAUGGCAUGCUCGACUUUAAGCUCACCAAAGACAACCUCAAAGCAAUUCUAGUGGAUAUGUUUGUGGGAGGAACUGAAACAACUUCAACAACUUUGGAAUGGUUAAUGGCGGAGCUCAUAAGAAAUCCAAAUAUUAUGAAGAGAGCACAAGAAGAGGUGAGAAGGGUGGUGAGAAAGAAAUCAAAGAUAGAUGUGAAUGACAUCAACCAAAUGGAUUACUUGAAGUGUAUCAUCAAAGAAACUCUAAGACUACAUCCACCAGGUCCUCUCUCAGUACCUCGAGAAACAUCAGCAAGUGUGAAAAUUGGAGGUUAUGAUAUUCCGCCAAAAACAAGAGUAUUUGUCAAUUUAUGGGCAAUCCAAAGGGACCCUACUGUAUGGGAGAGGCCAGAAAAGUUCCUCCCAGAGAGAUUCAAAGACAAUCCCAUUGAUUUCAAAGGCCAAGACUUCGAAUUCAUCCCAUUUGGAGGUGGGAGAAGGGGAUGUCCGGGAUUAACAUUCGGUGUUGCUUCACUUGAAAUUGUGGUUGCAAACAUCUUAUGUUGGUUUGACUGGAAGUUGCCUAGUGCCGAUGUACAGGGGAAGGACUUGGACAUGAGUGAAGUUAACGGGCUCUCUGUGUCAAAGAAAAUUCCUCUUCAUCUUGUACCAAUACUGCACUCUCCUUGAUCUAAGCAUUAAGAGAUUCAUGGUUGUAAUUUUUCUUAAUUCUCUUGUUUUGUUUUAGAAUUUCCUGUUUUUCCUUAU